AUGCCCAGGGUGACUAUGUAUGGUCCUGAGCGACUGGGUUGCAUCCUAUUCUCUGUGAGCAACCUCGAGGAGCACGAAGUACCAACGGGGCCGAUAGAAUCAUCCGGCGGAGUUCACGCCCUGCGCAUUUCUGGCGAGCUUUUCCUGGGCAUAACUCGGCGCAGAAACAACCUCCCGCUGGAUAUGUGGGAUCACCAAAGGAGCGGCGGCAUCCUAUCAGAUGGGAUGACCAGGGCCUUAUGGAUUAUACACCACGAGAACAUUCGAGGCUGGAUCGGUCGGCGUCAUUUCGAUGUCAUAUUCAGCAGGCAGCAUUUUGCUUCCUCCAACGCCGAGCGGAUGGAUUCUUUCGCGCGAUGGCGCGAUGCCGUCCUGCGAGAGUGGUCUGCAUACCUGACAAUUGGAAGCGAUCGUUUGACCCAACUGAUUCGUCCGGAACGUUUGGUGCCUGGAUGGGAGACAGAAUUAAUGUCUGCGUUACGGUGA